ACACACAUACAUACUCCCGUUUGCGUUCACACACCGUGUGCUAGAGAGGCAGAGUGGAGCAUAUGCAGAGGAGAAUGGGCAGGUCUCUGAGUCCGAGGGAGAGAGAGGCAGACAGAUACACACUCUCCUCUCACCAAGAGUAACAGAAGAGAGAGAGAGUGAGGGAAGGAGGGAAGACAGGACUGGGACAACUCACACACUCUGUCUCACAGACAGACGCUAGCUCGCGUGAGCUGCUUCCAGGCUGGACGGGAAUAGACGGUCUCCCUCUACACACACAGAUACACACAGACAUACACACUGAGGGUCGUGCCAUGGUGGUCCAGGAGGCUGUAACCCCGGGUAGGACCCGCAGACUCAUGCUCAAACUACCCGUGGGAACAUUACGACGGAACAGUGGAGAGAGGAUGACAGAGGGGAGGCGAUGUCAGGUCCAUCUCCUGGACGACAGGAAGCUGGAGCUCCUCGUACAGCCCAAGUUGAUGGCCAAGGACCUGUUAGACUUGGUGGCCUCCCACUUCAACCUAAAGGAGAAGGAAUACUUUGGGAUCUCCUACACAGACGAAACGGGUCAUUUCAGCUGGCUGCAGUUGGACCGGAGGGUUCUAGAACACGAGUUCCCCAAGAAGUCUGGACCCAUCGUCCUGUACUUCUGUGUCAGGUUUUACAUAGAGAGUAUUUCCUACCUGAAGGACAAUGCUACUAUCGAACUCUUCUUCCUCAAUGCUAAGUCCUGCAUAUACAAGGAGCUCAUUGAGGUGGACAGUGAGGUGGUCUUUGAGCUGGCCUCCUAUAUCCUACAGGAGGCUAAAGGUGACUUCAUCAGUAAUGACGUGACAAGGUCAGACCUGAAGAAGCUUCCAGCUUUGCCGACUCAGGCCCUGAAGGAACACCCAUCUCUGGCCUACUGUGAGGACCGGGUGAUAGAACACUACAAGAAGCUCAAUGGACAGUCCAGAGGGCAGGCCAUAGUCAAUUAUAUGAGCAUCGUUGAGUCUCUGCCUACAUAUGGAGUACAUUACUACACUGUUAAGGAUAAGCAGGGAAUCCCGUGGUGGCUGGGACUGAGUUAUAAAGGAAUCUUCCAGUAUGACUACCAGGACAAGGUCAAACCCAGGAAGGUGUUCCAAUGGCGUCAGCUGGAGAACCUCUACUUCAGAGAGAAGAAGUUCUCAGUGGAAGUUCACGACCCCAGGAGGGCGUCAGUGACCAGAAGGACGUUUGGCCACAGUGGUAUAGCUGUCCACACCUGGUACGCCUGCCCUGCUCUCAUUAAGUCUAUCUGGGCCAUGGCCAUCAGCCAACACCAGUUCUACCUGGACCGCAAGCAGAGCAAGUCUAAGAUCCAUGCGGCUCGUAGUCUCAGUGAGAUAGCCAUCGACCUGACAGAGACUGGCACUCUGAAGACAUCUAAACUGGCCAACAUGGGCAGCAAGGGCAAGAUCAUCAGCGGCAGCUCUGGCAGUCUGCUCUCCUCAGGUUCCCAGGAGUCGGACAGUUCUCAGACAGCUAAGAAAGACAUGCUGGCAGCCCUGAGGGCCAGACAGGAGGCUCUAGAGGAGACUCUCAAACAAAGAUUAGAGGAACUCAAGAACAUCUGUAUCAGAGAGGCGGAAUUGACAGGGAAGCUGCCUAAGGAGUAUCCAUUGGAUCCAGGGGAGGAGCCUCCGACGGUCAGUAGGAAGAUUGGCACUGCCUUCAAGCUGGACGAACACAAGAUCCAGCCGAAGGGAGAGGAGGAGGAGCUAGAGCGUCUAGAGAGGGAGUUUGCCAUCCAAUCCCAGAUCACAGAGGCUGCGAGGCGUCUGGCCAGCGAUCCGCACGUGAGCAGUAAGAAGCUGAAAAAACAGAGGAAGACGUCGUACCUGAACGCGCUGAAGAAACUCCAGGAGAUAGAAAACGCCAUCAACGAACACCGUGUCCGCUCUGGGAAGAAACCCACGCAACGCGCUUCGCUUAUCAUAGAGGAGGCCAACAUGGGCUCAGAGGACAGCUCUCUGUCUGACGCUCUGGUCCUAGACGACGAUGACCCCCAGAUGACAGGGACCCCCACCUUCUCUCCGGCAGCGUCUCCCCAUAAGGGCCUCCCUCCCCGGCCUCCCUCCCACAGCCGGCCCCCUCCCCAGUCUCUAGAUGGCCUCAGCCACCUGCACUACGCCCACUCCGAAUACGACAAGUCCCCCAUCAAACCCAAGAUGUGGAGCGAGUCCUCGCUGGACGAACCCUAUGAGAGGGUCAAGAAACGCUCUUCACACUCCAAUCACAGGCGGUUACCUGGCUCUGGUAGUUGUGCGGAGGCAGGAGGCAGUAACUCUCUGCAGAGUAGCCCCAUCAGGAGUGUUCCUCACUGGAGCUCCCAGUCCAGCAUGCCCUCCACCCCCGACCUGAGGACCAGGACCCCUCACUACGUACACACCACCAGGUCUGUGGACAUCAGUCCCACCCAUCUUCACAGUCUGGUUCAGCACUUUAGGAACCGCAGCUCCAGCCUGGAAUCUCAGGGCAAGCUGCUGGCCUCCGACCCCGACACACACACUCACACACACACCCUGGGAGCCCCCGGCAGCCCAGACAUCUUCCUGGCCCCGGGGACUCGCAGCUCCAAUGGCUCUGACCCGUUGGACGACUGUUCGUCCUGUACCUCCCAGAGCAGCUCAGAACACUACUACCCUGGGGUAGCUCCAGGCUCCAACCCAAACUACUCCACCCUAGGAGAGGACUCCCCUUCCAAAGCCAGGCAGAGACAGAGACAGAGGCACAGGUCUGCAGGUCACCUUGGUUCCUCUAACUCUGGCUCCAUGCCCAACCUUGCAGCCAAGAACGGUUCAGGGUGCGGUGGUACGGGGGUGGCAUGGACUGGGUCAGGGCAGCAUGGGGUGUACCUCCACAGCCAGAGCCAGCCCUCGUCUCAGUACCGGAUUAAAGAGUACCCCCUGUACGUAGAGGGCAGCCCCAACCCGGUGGUGGUGCGCAGCCUGGAGAGUGACCAGGAGGGCCACUACAGCGUCAAGGCCCAGUUCAAAACCUCCAGCUCCUACACAGCCGGGGGUCUCUACAAGGAGACCUGGGGGGGCGAGGAGGGGGGAGAGGGGAGCAGCAGACUCACCCCGUCCCGCUCCCAGAUCGUACGGACUCCCUCACUGGGGCGAGAGGGGGGAGGAGGGGGGAGGGCGGUGGUGUCAGAUGAGUUGAAGUGUUGGUACCAGCGCUCUACGGGCAGUGUAAAGGAGAGGAGUCACGCCGGCUCCAACACGUCGGACAGCAGCUCACUGCAAGGCACGCUGGGACUCGGACGAGGGAGCAGGGUGGGGACACUCGCCAAGGGAUCACCAGCGUCCCCUCACAGCCCGAGGAGUGGGACUCCCUCUAGUGAACAGGCCGCAACACCCACGCCCCCCUGCAGCCCACAACACAUCCUCAACUGGCAGAGCGGGUCAUUCAAUGAUAGUUGUUUUCUCAGCAGUCCUCUGUGUUCAGAGCUGGCAGAUGUCCAGUGGUACGGACACGACAAGGCCAAACCUGGAACCCUGGUCUGACCUACUGACCACCACCUAACACCUACUGACCCUUACUGACCCUCAACACUGACCCUUACUGCCUCCACCAACCUGUCCUCUAGCCCUGACUAGACUGGCCUCAUCAUGGACAGGAAACCCUCCUCCAUCCCUCCCUUUAUCCAUAUUUCCCUUUAUCAUUUUAUGUGCAUGUCAAGUUUGGUUGAGCUGGAGUUUAUAGGAAGGACUAUUGCUGUGGAACAGCCAAACAGAACCGCUGAAUGAUCGUGAACUCUGACCUUUAAUCCCUGACCCUGCUUCAGUCUGAGCCCCAGGGAGACCAGGAGUGGGAAAGGGGGAGGUGGGGGGGUAAGAGCACACACACAACUCCCUGCCCAGACUACACGGCCCUCAGGCCCUGACUUAUAUCUACCCCUGACCCCAGUGUGUUGCCAGCCAAUCAGAGGAUACCUGCAAGAUGAAAUGUGUUUUGGCUCAAAUUCUGGGCCUGUGUGUGUACGCUGGAUCUGCUAGGUAAAUUUCAUUGUUGAAGUCUUUGUUUAUUUCUCUGUAUCGUUUUGUACAAAAAAAUGAAAAUAUUGCUUGGGAGACACUCAAUUACUUUUUCACCCUUUAGGAAAAUUGCAGAGCAGAUUAUUGGAAAAUUCUAGAUGAUCUGAAAGACAAAAGACAAACGUACAAACAUUCCCAAAUAUUAUAAUCCCAAUCCCAACUAUCUAUCCCACAACCAAAGAUCCACCUGACUGAACAAUGGCACCAGUUCCAUGGACACACUGGGAACACUGGUUUAUCAUACUGGAAGCUGCACCCCACAUACUGGGAGUUUUCAGAGGAACGGAAAGACUGGUCAAUUCUACUGGGAUCCUGCUGGGAGUUCUGAGCACAUCUAUUGGGAUGUCAGUCAUCUGGAUUGGGGGUGUACAACAGCCAGCCAGACUGAUCAACUAGUCUCUGAUACUGGGACUAUCCACACUGCUACUGAGCAGUGAGCUCCUGGACUUGGAUGUUUUGCCACUAUGCUGGGGCACUGUGCUUAGCUGUACUGGGAGAUUAUGGGCGAACUGGGGGCCCUGCACAGCCAGACCACAAACAGACAGGGACGGACUGGGGGCCCUGCACAGCCAGACCACAAAUAGACAGGGACAGACGGGGGGCCCUGCACAGCCAGAUCAGAGACAGACAGGGACAGAAUGGGGGCCCUGCUCAGCCAGACCAGAGACAGACAGGGACGGACUGGGGGCCCUGCACAGCCAGACCAGAGACAGACAGGGACGGACUGGGGGCCCUGCUCAGCCAGACCAGAGACAGACAGGGACGGAAUGGGGGCCCUGCACAGCCAGACCAGAGACAGACAGGGACGGAAUGGGGGCCCUGCACAGCCAGACCAGAGACAGACAGGGAUGGAAUGGGGGCCCUGCUCAGCCAGACCAGAGACAGAGAGGGACCGACUGGGGGCCACAAACACUUCUUCAGGGUUUGGGUCCUGGAGAGCCAGAAUAUGCUAGGAAUCUCUUGCUUAAAGCUAAUGUCUUGAGUUUGGGUGAAACUGUAGCAAUGUGUGUAGUAGUUUUGGGUUGAAUUGGAAUUAAGAACACAUGUAGUUUUGUGGGUUUAUUUCCAAACAUAUCUGCAGGCUUUCAGUGGUCUAUUUCAUCUGGCUCCUCCCCUUCAUUUGACUUUCUGGUGAGAGGUGAAAGCUAAUUGGAUGUUUAGGGCUGUGUGGAGCUGUCAAUCACACAGUUGUAGCGAAGGGCACACCCCUCCCUCACAGUCGAGCUGUGCAUAUGAUGAGAUUGGUGAGAUAUUAAACACUUCUCCAUGCGUUGUGACAUCAUACACCUGACUGUCUGUGCAGUCCUAUGUUAAAAACGGGAUGUAACCCAUGUUUAAGGACCAGUCUGUCUGUGUCACGUCAAUCUGUCAGUCUGUCUGUCCAACCCCAAGAUUGGUCAUUGUCUCAGACACCAGUGUAGUAUAUUUGGGGGUUAAUAUUUAGAUAAAGCUUGAGACCUGUAAACUCCAGAGGGUCCUCAUUUGUACAGGUCAUUAUCUCAGGCUAUACUCUCUCUGCCUAACAUCUAUCAACCGGUCAGAACACACACACAUCUUGUGUGUGGAUUCACACAUACACACAUUCUUUUCUCAGCGGUGCCAUCUAUGUCUUUACUCUAACCCAGCACUGAAAACCAGGGGCGCUACUUUCACUGGGGGCGGGGGGGGCACAUUCUGAAAUUGCAUUUUUGUCACCCCCAGUUUUAUCAUUGGAAUGUGAAACAAAACUAGGCAACGGUGUGCUUUAGGACCAUGCGGACGCCUUCGGGCAGUCGGGUAGGCUGUUUGGAAUGUUAAUAAUAAUAAUAAUAAUAAUAAUAUGUCCCCCCAACUUCUUAAACCAAAGUCGCGCCCCUGCUGAAAACAGCCGCUCACUAAAACUACAAACCAUAUAACUACAAAUCCCACAGGGCCCAGUUCCUAGUCUAGCAGAGGAAGUGUCUGCUGUAUAGAGAUCCUGCUUCCCAGAGCCAAAUGAACAGCAGGAAGAGGUCUAUACACCAAUCAGAGAGAUGUCAAGUUAAGUAUUCAAUCUAAGUUUUGAUACCAGAGCACAACAUACACAGUUAAACACAAUAUAUGAAAACUAUGGGCUCUCGAGUGGCGCAGCGGUCUAAGUGCAAGAGGCUUUGCUACAGUCCCUGGUUCAAAUCCAGGCUGUAUCACAUCCGGCCAUGAUUGGGAGUCCGAUAGUGGUGGUGCACAAUUGGCCGAGGUAGGCCGUCAUUGUAAAUAAGAAUUUGUUCUUAACUGAAUUACCUAGUUGUUUUAUAUAUAAACUAUAGGCCUAUACAGAACCAGUUUUCAUCUAGUUCUCCUCCUGACUUUUUGAUACAUAUAAGGGGAUUAAGAACAUCUGCAUAACAACACAUUCAUGAUGUAAGAGUAAAUCCAGAUUUAAUAUAAAAAAGUAACACACACACAUAUAGUAUAGAAAUAAUGUCACACCAGAACCAAACAGGGUGUUUAUAUUAUUGUGCUUCUAUUACUACACUGAACAAAAAUAUAAAUACAACAUGUAAAGUGUUGGUCCCUUGUUUCAUGAGCUGAAAUAAAAGAUCCCAGAAAUGUUCCAUAUGCUCAAAAAGCUUAUUUCUCUCAAAUGUUGUGCACAAAUUUGUUUACAUCCCUUUUAGGGAGAAUUUCUCCUUUGGCAAGAUAAUCCAUCCACCUGACAGGUGUGGCAUAUCAAGAAGCUGAUUAAACAGCAUGAUCAUUACACAGGUGCACCUUGUGCUGGGGACAAUAAAAGGCCACUCUAAAAUGUGUAAUUCUGUCACACAACACAAUGCCUCAGAUGUCUCAAGUUUUGAGGGAGCGUUCAAUUGGCAUGCUGACUGCAGGAAUGUUAAUUUCUCCACGAUAAGCCAUGGGAAAGCAGUUUGCUGAUUUCAUUAUUGUGAAUAGAGGGCCCCAUGGGAGCGGUGGGAUUAUGGUAUGGGAAGACAUAAACUACAGACAACGAUCACAAUUGCAUUUGAUCAAUGGUAAUUUGAAUGCACAGAGAUCCAGUGACGAGAUCCUGAGGCCCAUUGUCGUGCCAUUCAUCCGCCGCCAUCACCUCAUGUUUCAGCAUGACAAUGAACGGCCCAAUGUGGCACAGAUCUGUACACAAUUCCUGGAAGCUGAAUAUGUUCCAGUUCUUCCAUGGCCUGCAUACUCACCAAAUAUGUCACCCAUUGAGAAUGUUUGGGAUGUGCUGGAUCAACGUGGAUCAGAGUGUUCCAGUUCCCUCCAAUAUCCAGCAUAAUCGCGCACCCAUUGAAGAGGAGUGGCACAACAUUCAAAGGCCACAAUUAACAACCUGAUCAACUCUAUGCAAAGGAGAUGUGUUGCGCUGCAUGUGGCAAAUGCUGGUCACACCAGAUACUGACUGGUUUUCUGAUCCAUGCCCAUACCUUUUUUUUAAGGUGUAUGUGACCAACAAAUGCACAUCUGUAUUCCCAGUCAUGUGAAAUGAAUAGAUUAGGACCUAGUGCGUUUAUUUAAAAAGCUAAUUUCCUGAUAUGAACUGUAAGUCAGUAAAAAAAAAAAAAAUUGUUGCAUGUUGCAUUUAUAGUUUUGUUCAGUAUAGAUGAUGUCAUCAAUGAACUCUGAACUUUGACAUUGGUUUAGUAAGUGAGGCCAUCACCGUAUCCCACGGUAACAGGGCUGUGACACAACGAGAACGUAUAGCCAUACCCUUGAACCCCUACAUUUAAUUUAUAGAUUCCAUACACCUCUUGCUUACGUAGACCGACACAUAGACCAACUCUUGUUAUAAGCUCAUUCUAAAACAAGUAUUUUAAAGCACACCUUAUGGUUUUGUACUGGGGAAAAGAAACCUUUGCCUAACAUUGUUGUAAUGCUGUAUGUGGACAGUCCUUAUUGUGUGUACAAAAACCCAAACAAAACUAUUCAUUGCGGACUCUCAAGCACAUGUUUGCCUGUGCUUUGUACAGGGUUUAUAUCCUCCAUUGAAUCUUUAAAAAACACAAAUAUAAAACAUGGUUUAAAGAUUGCACAAAAAUCUUACCCUGUCAGAUUAGUUGAACUUGUACCAUGCAGCAAGUUGGACCUGAAAUUCCUUCUGUUUGUAGGAGUUUUACAGCCCCCAACCCUGCCUCACUGCAAGGUGUCCUGGUAAAAUGCUGUGUUUGACCUCUCCUGUAGUUCACCUACUUAGAAUCACUGGGGAACUGCAUUCUGCCAUCAGCUAUGCUAUGCUAUGCUAAGGCUUGUUAGCCUGUCCAUUCCCCCUGAAUGAGCCACCUCUGCUAGCUCACACCAUACCAUGCAUGCUCUGUGGUUCCCGAAACAAACAACAAUGAACAAAUAAACCCAAAACAUGAGCAGUCCAUGUGGUAAGACCAUCCCUCUCCCCUCACCUUUUCCUCCUAAACAGAGAAUAAUUUCUGUAUCCAUGACAACACCCAGUUUGACCUUUGACUCCUAACCCCUGUGGUAAUCUCUGACCUCUGAGCCCAAUGUGACGCUGUGUGUUGUACCCUCUUCUAUAGCCCCCCCUUCGACCAUACUAUGUGUACCCCCUACGCCCAUACUGUCUGUACUCCAUAGAAACAUAAAACAUUUUUAUAGUUAAAGAAGAUUAAACUAACUAUUUUAUCAACCUCUUUCCUGAACAUGCUGUACGGAGGGGCACUGUAAGCCUAUGUGGAGUUUUUAACAUUGUUUCCAAGUUCUAACAGAGUAACAUAGUAAGAAUCCUUUCAGGUGCUACAUGAUGACCAGUUACUGCUUUGUCACAUAGGAUAUAGACUCUCCUCAUUGUUGUCAAUAGUUUUAAUACCAGUUGUGCAGAAUGGAAACCGUUCCUUUAGGCGCCAGUUCAGUAAGACACCACUCCACCAGACCAUAGAGCAUGUAACAUGAUUUGAUUUGUUCUCUUCAACGUUAACCUGACAAAAAGGUGUUGUAGGAAAAAAACAAUGUGGAAUUCACACAAAAAAAGACAGAAUUCAACAGUUAAUUUAUUAUUUUUUCUAUUAAGAAUUUGUAUAGUAACUGUACAUUUUUCUAAAUGGUGUUGUUGGCAACUGAUGAUGAAAUGUCCAGAUGAGAAGACUUGGUGGUUAUUGAGAUUAGGAAAAUAAAUUAUUGCUGAAUGUUCUCAA